UUAAGCGGAUUCAGCCACCAACCUGCUUGUGUGUUUUUCAGUUGUGUCGGAAGAAGGGAUGUGAGAUCAAGGAGCUAAGAGUCAUGGAUAAAGCUUGAAAACGCUAAUGAUUGGAUUAAUAUGAUUCAUGGUUCUGGGCUUGAAGUUAAAUGAUUCAUCGGUGGAAAUAAUUAUUCAUAUUUGUUGCCUGCUGGGAGAGAGGAGGACUAUUGCAAUGUCAACUCAUUCAACGACUCUGGAGCUUUGUGGAAGAGAGAUGCUGGAAUGAAGGCGAGCACUAUGGGGUUUUCCAGGUCAGCACUCAUGACACUCCCCGCUUUACUCAUCCUCGUGAGCGUGGCACAGGCAGCAGAGAAGGUGCCCAUUCUGAACAUUGCCGUGAUCCUGGGCCGUACACGCUACAUCUCGGACAGGGACAUACGGGCCUUGUGGAGCAAGGACGACCCCAUCGACGUCAAUGUGGUCACCCUGCUGGUCAACGAGACGGAUCCCAAAAGUAUCAUCACUCACAUGUGUGAUCUCAUGUCUGGGACCAAAAUCCACGGCGUGGUGUUUGGGGACGGCACAGACCAGGAAGCCAUCGCCCAGAUCUUGGAUUUUAUUUCUUCCCAGACGCUGAUCCCCAUCCUUGGAAUCCACGGGGGCUCCUCCAUGAUCAUGGCGGACAAGGACGUGAAGUCCACCUUCUUCCAGUUUGGUGCCUCCAUUCAGCAGGAGGCGCUGCUCAUGCUGAACAUCAUGGAGGAGUAUGACUGGCACGUCUUCUCCAUCGUGACGAGCAAGUACCCGGGCUACCAGGACUUCAUCGCCAUCCUGAAGACCACAGUGGAGAACAGCUUUGUGGGCUGGGACCUGCAGAACACCAUCACGCUGGAUGCGGUGGACGGCGACUCGCGCUCCCAGAUCCAGCUGAAGAAGCUGCAGUCGCCCGUCAUCCUGCUCUACUGCUCCAAGGACGAGGCGGCCUACGUCCUGGAGGAGGCGCGCUCACUGGGCCUCACCGGCUUCGGCUUCAUCUGGAUCGUGCCCAGCCUGACCACGGGCAACCCAGAUGUGACGCCCGACGAGUUCCCGUCCGGCAUGAUCUCCGUGUCCUACGAUGACUGGGACUACCCGCUGGAGGCGCGCGUGCGCGACGGCCUUGGAAUCAUCACCACGGCGGCGGCGGCCAUGCUGGGGGAGUUCGGCGACAUCCCCGAGGCCAAGACCAGUUGCUAUGGGCAAAUGGAGAAGACCAAGCUGCCUCCCAGUGCCCUGCACAAGUACAUGAUGAAUGUUAGCUGGGAUGGAAGGGAUUUGUCUUUCACUGAGGAUGGAUACCAGGAACAUCCCAAGUUGGUGGUCAUCGUCCUGAACAAGGAUCGUGAAUGGGAGAAGAUGGGCAAAUGGGAGAACCGCAGCCUGACCCUGAAAUACCCAGUGUGGCCCCGAUUCAAUUCCUUCGGCGAUGCCGAGACGGAUGACAACCACCUGAGCAUCGUGACGCUGGAGGAGAAGCCCUUUGUCAUCGUGGAGAAUGUGGAGCGCCUCACUGGCACCUGCAUGCGGAACUCCGUCCCCUGCCGCAAGCACAUCAAAGACAAUUCCACAGAGGGGGGAGGAACGUACAUUAAAAAGUGCUGCAAGGGUUUCUGCAUUGACAUCCUGAAGAAGAUUGCCAGGAAUGUGAAGUUCACCUAUGACCUUUACCUGGUGACCAAUGGGAAGCACGGAAAAAAGAUCAACAAUGUCUGGAAUGGCAUGGUGGGGGAGGUGGUGUACAAGAAAGCCAUCAUGGCCGUAGGCUCGCUGACGAUCAAUGAGGAACGCUCGGAGGUCAUCGAUUUCUCCGUUCCCUUCGUGGAGACUGGGAUUAGUGUGAUGGUGUCGCGCAGCAAUGGAACCGUGUCUCCCUCUGCAUUUCUGGAGCCAUUCAGCGCAUCCGUGUGGGUGAUGAUGUUUGUGAUGUUGUUGCUGGUGACUGCCAUGGCAGUGUUCAUGUUUGAAUACAUCAGCCCCCUGGGCUUCAACAGGAACCUGGCGCAGGGCAAAGAGCCCCACGGGCCAUCAUUCACCAUGGGCAAGGCUGUGUGGCUGCUCUGGGGCCUUGUGUUCAACAACUCUGUGCCCGUGCAGAACCCCAGGGGCACCACCAGCAAGUUCAUCGUGUCCGUCUGGGCCUUCUUCGCUGUCAUCUUCCUGGCCAGCUACACAGCCAACCUGGCAGCCUUCAUGAUCCAGGAGGAGUUCGUGGACCAGGUGACGGGACUGAGCGACAACAAGUUCCAAAGCCCAUACUCCUACUCUCCCCCAUUCCGUUUCGGAACGGUCCCUAACGGCAGCACGGAGAGGAACAUCCGGAAGAAUUACCCGGAUAUGCACCAGUACAUGGUGAAGUACCACCAAACCGGGGUGACCGACGCUCUGGUCAGCCUGAAGACAGGCAAACUGGAUGCCUUCAUCUAUGACGCGGCCGUUCUGAACUACAUGGCCGGUAGAGACGAGGGAUGUAAGCUGGUAACCAUCGGCAGCGGCUACAUAUUCGCCACCACGGGCUACGGCAUCGCCCUGCAGAAGGGCUCCCCGUGGAAACGUCAGGUGGACCUGGCAAUCUUGGCCAUCAUCGGUGACGGUGAGAUGGAGGAGCUCGAGGCCCAAUGGCUCACCGGGAUCUGCCACAACGAGAAGAACGAGGUGAUGAGCAGUCAGCUGGAUGUGGACAACAUGGCUGGCGUCUUCUACAUGCUGGCCACCGCCAUGGGCCUCAGCCUCAUAACAUUCGUGUGGGAGCAUCUGUUCUACUGGAGGCUUCGUUACUGCUUCACAGGCGUGUGCUCGGGAAAGCCCGGCCUGCUGUUCACCAUCAGCAGGGGUAUUUGGAGUUGCAUUCAUGGCGUCCACAUUGACAUGAAAAAGAAGUCCGCUGACUUGGACUUCAGUCCUCAGGCCAACAUGCUAAAGCUCAUCAAGUCGGCCAAGCAGAUGACCAACAUGACCAACUUGAGCGGCUCCCGGGUGAACUCGCCCAAGCGCAGCGGCGAGUUCAUGCACUCGGCCACGCCCACCAUCAUGGACCUGAUGUCUGAGAAGGGGAACUUCGUCUACACGGACAACCGCAGCUAUGCCCAGAAGGAUGUGUACAUGGACUCUGGCGAGCUGCAGGCUUACCUGGCCAACCGACACAAGGACCACCUGAACAACUACAUCUUCCAGGGCCAGCACCCCCUCACGCUGAAUGAGUCCAACCCCAACACGGUGGAGGUAGCUGUAAGCGCGGAUGCUGCGCAGACUGCCGCCAAGUCCAGGGCCCUGUGGAAGAAGUCCGUGGAUACGGUGCGUCAGGGCCAGGGCCCAGACACGCUGGCCCCAGACCCCCGGCUAUCCAUGAAGAGCCAGCGCUACCUUCCAGAGGAGGCCGCACACUCCGACAUCUCUGACUGCUCCAGCAGGGCUGCCUCUUACAAGGAUACCGACAACAACAAGCACCUGAAGCCCAAAGAUAGCUUAAAAAAAAGAUCGAUGACGUCAAAAUACCCUAGGGAUUGCAGCGAAGUAGAGCUGUCCUACUUAAAAAAUAAGCAGGGCGGAUCGGGCCGAGAAAAGAUCUACACCAUAGACGCUGAACGGGAGCUGAGUAUGCACUCGGACGCCCUUCAAUACAGGGAGAAUAGAGGCCCAGCGGCCGACGAUUUGGACUUCCCCGAGAUGUACUCCGACCACAAUGACAAUUACAGGAAAUGCGACCAGCCCAUCAUCCAUCUUAACAGCAGCCCCCUUCAUCACACGGACUCGGACCUCCUGCCGGACAGCGUGUACAACAAGCACUACAGCCAGAAGGACAAGAGCCUGAGCAUGCACGAGUGCAAUGACCGCUACAAGCAGACCCACUGCCGCAGCUGCCUGUCCAAGGUGCCCAACUACUCAGCCGGCCCCUACGCACCCUUGCGCUCACCCUACAACCGCUGCGAGGCCUGCCUGCACAUGGGGAACCUGUACGACAUCAGCGAAGACCAGAUGCUGCAGGAAGCGGCCAUCAGCCCUGGCUCGCACCACGACGACGACUUCGGCCUGUACUGGCCCCAAACAGACGGGCCGCACGUGCAGCGGCGGAACCGGCUGCGGCUUAGCCGCCAGCACUCCGUCGACAACAUCAUGCUGGAGAAGCCCAAGGAGGUUGACCUGGGCCGGCCGGCGCGCAGCGUCAGCCUCAAGGAGAAGGACCGCUUCCUGGAGGGCAGUCCGUGUGCGAACAUGUUUAGCUUCAGGUCCGACAAACUGUUCGGCAGCAGGUCCACGCUGUUCAACCACCUGGAGGAGGGCAAGCGCAGCAGGUCGCUGUACCCCGAUCACAGCACGGACAACCCCUUCCUGCAGUCGGUGCGCGAUGACGCGCGCCUCUUCCAUGGCAGGAGCUCUGUGGACAUUUACAAACAAUUGGCGCCCAUUAAUACGAGGAACGAGAACAAUCUAAGGUCCUCCAUCAAGUCCACCACCUCGUACUGUUCCAGGGAUGGUCGAAUACCCAAUGACAUGUACAUUUCAGAGCAUGUGAUGCCUUAUGUAGCCAAUAAGACCGGUGCAUACUCAGCUCCUCGGGUCCUCAGUUCUUCUCAGUUCAGCAAUAGACGAGUGUAUAAGAAAAUACCUAGCCUCGAGUCAGAUGUUUAAUGCUCUUUGUGUAGUUGAACUAUUUAUUCACUUAGGAUGCCAUAAUCGGCUGCAUCUUAAAAAAACAAACAAACAAAAAAAAGUGCUCAAGUACUAUAUUUUGCAGAUAUAUCACUCAUGUAUCAGCAAGUCGUCCAGGAUAGUGCUUGCCAAAGGUUUUCAGCAUGUUAGUCACCCUUCGGAAAGGCGAACAUUUCCUGGGCUAAUUGUGAAAGGUUAUUUAGUCGGGUGGUAGCUGACAGAACUGGACAGGAUCCAGGGUGGAGCUGCUGAUGGCUGUCCUUACAGGCAGCUGGGAGCUGUGUAUGUUCAGAUGCACUGCUUUUAAUUUUCCAGGUUUUGAUGGAUCCAGUCACUGGUGCUUCAGGUAUACCCCCCCCCCCCCACUCUGUGGUGGCCUUUCACAGAGAGGGUUGAUGAGAGUCUACCUGAAUUAUGGUCUGAUUUAGCACUUUAGAAGUCAUGUACUGAAGCAAACCUGAGGCAAGCGAUGGUGUUUUAUUCAUGGCACUCGACAACAGAAGCUUUGUUGCUUUAAUUCUCUAUUACUAUAGAUUUGGGAUUUGGGCAUUCUAAUCCCUAUUUAAUACCUUUAGAAUUUUAGCUUAUGUGGUAGCACAAUAAUCAUCAGUUACUCUCCCAUCUCUGCUUUUUAAAGCAUACUUCUCAAUUACUGUCAGGAAUAGAUUAUUUUGCAUGUAUGGUUUUAUUUAUUUAUAUUUUUUGUUAUUAGAGAUUAAAACACAUUCAUACUUACAUGAAAGUAAGCUUGUCGGACAGAUUAAAGAUGGUUUUGCCCAUGCAUUGAAAGCUUGACCUGUACAAGUCCGUUUGACCCCAUUUAACAUCAGAACACUGAGGCCUGUGACCAUCUCCUGGGAAUUUAGUUGAUUCUUUAUCUGAAACAGGGUACUGACCAUUUAUGGAAUGUAUGACAAUUUUAUGGUCAAAAUUAUGUGUAAUGCAUCAUGCUGAGUGGCUUCGAUUUGUUCUCGUACACUGUGAACCCGAAACAGAAACGUCCAGAAAAGACUGUUGUUUUCUUUGCGGCGUGGUUGACACGAAGGUUUCUGUUGUGUUCUCACCAUUUCAAAAUGAGCUCUGCAUGUGAAACCUUGGGUAAGCUUGAAGUCUAAACAAGAACAUUGGUCUCAUUUUUGCUCUCUUUAACACAGUUAGAUGGAGACCCACCAGGCCAAAGCCUUUGUUCUGCAGACCUAACAGUACACUUUAUUCGAUGCAGACACAGUCACCUCUGCAUGAGGUGAAUUAGGCCAAGCAGCCAAAUUGGCUCAUGUACCAGAUCUAAUACCUCAGGAUAGUGGUCUUAUGUACGGGCAUUAGUGUGGCACCAGGAGGGAUAGGUGCAUGUUGUGUUCAGCAUGCUGCUUCGUGAGUUCUUCUUUCUCUCCUUCUCUCUCUCUCUCUCUCUCUCUCUCUCUCUCUCUCUUUUUCUCUCUCUGUUGCCAUCAUUUACUUCUCCAAGCUCUUCCAGUGCAGCCACUUUCAUAUAGGAGCUCACUAAUCAGAAUUAGUAGCGAGAAACGAGAGGAGUUCCAGCUCAUCUGGCUGCGUUUGAGCACUGCGUGCCGCUCCUGACUGUAACUCAUGUAGCAAAUUGAAAGACGGUGUUUGUUCUAACGUAUCUUGGGAAGAGCUAAAGGUAUUAUGAGACUCCGCUGAUUGACAGAUGCUUGAUGCUGUGCUGGGCAUUCUUUUCAUAUCUCCCAAAUGAAUAAUGGCUCUUUCUUGGUGUUUCUUUCAGCUUACCCAAUGUUCUGAGAUUCUUUAUAGAAGACCAUUUAGGACCUUUAGUAUCUUAUCUCAUUAUCAUGAACAUGUAUAUCAUAUUAAGUGCUGCUUAAAGAAGCUAAUGUGUAAGCAAUAUGCACAUGUAAAAUAUCAGUCUUGUAUGACCAUAUAUGACAUUCAUAGUUUUUUCAAAGUCCUGCAGCCAUUCCAGUAGAUUUUCAGUUUUAUUUUGCAUCCUUAUAAUAACCCCCCUCCUUAAGGAAAAAUGUAUUUUGCUUACCAAAAAAUUAAUACUAGUGGCAUGCAACCCAAGUGUAAUACUUUAUAUGCUUUUGUUAUGAUGUGAUGAACACAAAUCUAUUUGUAACAGGGUGAAAAUAUAGCAUACAUGUGAAAACAACACGAUCACUCUCAUUUCGAUGCUGCUGUUUCAGAGGAAGAACAUAAGCAGGGUGUCUCCUACAGCCUCUCCCUGUAACUGGUAUGUUAGCCACAUUGCGCGCCUACCUGCGCUGUAAGGUGAAUUACCUUGCGUUUACUCAUCCAACAGGUAAAUAAAUAUCACCAGCUAUGCUUCCUGCCUGUCAUCUGCAGCCACACUCAAACUGUAAAGAACAAAAAGAUCCCUUUCUGAGUCUGCUAUCCCUCCAAAGAUAUGACCUCUUAUUCUUUUUCGUUAUUUGUUUGCUGUAUGAAGAGCUUUUUUUAUGUCCUCAAAGACAUAAGGAAAUAUUUUGAUUAUAAAAUACCUGUAAAUCACUUGUAAAUUCAUAUUCAAAAACAUCACUGUAUGAUUCUAAAGAGUAAAUAAUAUUUUUUGUGUAAACUUCACAGACCUGUAUAGUCGCGCCAAAACAAAAGCAAACACACACACAUAAACACGCACAACAUCCACGAUGUCUUCAUCAGAAAAAAAUAAUCACCUUAAGAACUUUCUAAUUCUCCAAAUAAUUGGUGAUCAGGGACUGUAACCCUGAAGUUUUUUAAGCUUGGAGUUUGGGACAGGGGUGGGGAUGGAUAAACAUCAGUGGGAAAUUUUCUAUGUAAGCGUCCUGAACCGGCUCAAAGGUGAGCUUGGACCAAGCAUGCCCCACAGCUAAGCAUUACCCUGCUCCCACCUGUCUCCCCUCCAGUGCACGUUAAUGAGACCGUGGGCUCGCUGCCAAAUGCUGGCCUGUCAUCAAGGCAAUCGUACUUCCUUCUAGGACAUUCACCAAGUCUUCGAAACCAAAUAUGUGCUUCUUUUUGCAUCUUGUGUGGUCAUUAUCUUUGUGUUUACAGGUGGUUUCUAGACGUUUGGUGGUCAUAUCUGGGACAGUGCAGGUCAGGGGCCGUUUGUAGCUGCAAGCAAAAGUACUGUAUAAAAUGAAAAGGUUCUGUAGUGUUUUCAGGCUAGACAAACAUGAUUCAUAGUUUACAACGAAUCUUAAGUAAAAAAAAAUUUGUUUUCUUUUACUUUUUUCAUAGUAUAGUAAUGAGAUGUGAAUUUACAAUAGCUCAGAUGCUGAUUAUUUCAAUUAGAAAAGAAGAGCUAGAUUAGGAAAGUAGUCAAGUUAUUUUUUAAAAAGUCAGUAAGUGAGACUUUUGAAUCAGAACAAUUAGUACUUUCUCAAUUAUAACUCCAAUGCCAGUUAGGGAUUAAUCUGUUGUGUCUAUCUGUUGAUGUUACACUUGACAUCAUUUUCUGAGAGAAAAUUGGUUUUAUGUGCUGUGUUUCGGGAGUGUGACUGUUUGUGUGGCCAUGUUUUCGUUCAAAUAGUUAGUUGAGUUAAAGAGAUCUGCGGAAAGCACUACAUUAAUUUUUGCAGCAUCUCAUCAGUUUCUAAUAGUGCCAUUUUCCCACCAUAAGAAACCGUAAAGGCCUUCUGAAAAAAAUAAACAGAUGAAACAAUGAGUUCCUGUUGACUGGAAUCUAUUUGAAGUGGAUGGAGUACCUCCAGUGUGAUGAGAUUCCUCUCUCACAAAUUGCAGUCAGACUUAAAGGUGGCAGAAUUUUAAAAAGAACAAAGAAUGCAAAGCUGUUAAUCAGCCUUUGUUUCUUUAUAUAAAACCACUCAAGACAGAUAGGACUGGAAAUACUUGGUGGACUAUGAGAAAGGAGGCUUUCUCUGAAUCACAUGUGCUGCCACAUAUUGUUGAACUGGAUGACAAUUUUUGUUCAUUCCCAAUUUGUCAUUUGGCCAAAUAUAGUCAAGCAAACACAACCGUUGUCCCGUUCUGCUGCCGGGUCUACUGUUGUUCUGUUACAGCAGUGUUGAUUGUAUUUCCAAGGAGGUCAUUUCAAGAAAAAUGUGCCUCAAGUCCAAUUACAUCUGUCAAAGCCACGUGAGAUAGACCCAGGCAAGGGUAGCCAUUCUGAAGACAAAGAGUGCUUGAGUACUUCUAACAGGGGUACCCACUCAUCCACUCAGUCUUCUAGCCCUCAGGAAGACAUGAGCCUGGUUAGGGAUGAUGAAGCAAGUCUACUCAAUCCUAAUCUAUCCCAAACCCUUCACUUGGCAAAUGGCUUCAUUCCACCACUUGGUGAGAAGACUCACCAGAUAUGAUUGUUAGCUGUGCUAUAUUAUAGGGUAACAGUGAUGGAAGAAUUUGAAAUGUAAAUUAGUUACAAUACCCUUCAUAAUGAUUUACAGAGCAUUAUCAUCCCAGAUUCUGCCAUGUGUUUAAAUUUUCUCCCCCUUUAUGCAUUUAAGUAUCUGUUGAGCUAUGUGUUAUUUCAUAUGUUCAUUUUCUUUGGAAAUGGUAAAGGCUUGUUUAGUGGAAUUAUGACAGACUAAAUGGUGAUUCUGCAAAAAAGUGUUUUUGUAAUGAUUUGUGUUGCAUGUAUUUGUGCACAUUGCUGCUGGAAUACUGGAAUAUUUGCACUUGGUAAAGAAGCUAUGCCUUUGGUACUGUGUAAAAAGAUGUAAAGAUAUUUCUAGUCCCACAUGACUUGAGUUAGAAAGAAAUAUUUGAAGGGAAUCCUGUUUAAUAAUCACUCUUAUGAGCUUUGCAUUCAUAUUUUAUGUGUUUAAAAGUAGAAAUUAUUUUAGGACAGUGUUCUGUUUUUUUUAUUAGUUUUUUUGUUUUAUUUACUAAAUGGGGUUGUCAUGUGACUAUAACGUAUUUAUCACAUAACCCUUGUGACCUUCUGCCUAAUCUUUUUAAAAAAAAUAAAGCAUUAUCACUUGUGUGUGUACUAAAAUGUCUUAAGAACUUUUUAAUAUAAAUUGGGACUAAUGACUUACACAAAGCAAACUAUUGCAUUACUGACAUUAUUUCUGCUAUAGGCAAAUUGCAUGAGAAAGUACUAAUUGAGUGGGAUGACAAACAUGUCUCCUGCUCUCUGUGAAGAAUAUUUGUUCUUAUCAUUUGUAAUAUAGUCUAGAAAGUUGCAUUCUUUUCUUUUGGCUGUUCGUUUCUUUCAUUAUUUAUUUUGUAUGUGUAGAUUAAGGGAACAGGUCUUGGAUGUUACUUGUAAAUAUGUUGUUCCUGGGGGUUAUAUGACAUGUUAAAAAUAUAUGUACAUAAGUAAAAGUUUCAUUUUUCUAAUAAAGGCUUUUUCUGCCACU